AAUAAGUAAAUUUAAAGGUUAGCAAAAAUUACUGGAAGACAGAAAAAGACCUCUGUCUAACUCUGAUUUAGGCAUUUUUUUAGGUUAAAGUCUAAAAACAUUUAAGAUAUUAAGAAAUGGUAAAAUAUGAAAGUUUUCUCUUAGAUUGGCCAAAAAAAAGUAAAGGUAGCCAAAACAAACAGUUGGUUAAACUAUAGCUUUUCUUAAGCCAAAAAUAGUCUUCAGUGAGCAAAAAUAAUAGCUAACAUUUCUAGGGCCCAAGUUCAUCAAAACUGCUAAAUGAUAGCCCAGAACUGGCUAAAAUAACUAUUAAUGAUACUAAUAUUAAUAACUCAUAGAACAAAAAUGUAAUUUUUUAUUUAAAAGAUGUUUGAGGGAGCAUACCAAAUUUCAGCUCCAGGUUAGGUCCCCGUGCCAGACUUUGGACACACUUCUGCAGAGCGCACACAAGGCUGUUGUUUCACAGUGUUUAGACUCAGCUGAUGGUAAGAUAGAAUAACUCUUUUACUGCUCUUUUACUGCACCUGCUGUAUGAAGGAUAAUGUGUUCUGUUUUUUUUUUUCCAUCAGGAUUGAAACCUGACACCAGUGUGGCUACAAACCCUCAGAGACCAGAAAAAUAUUUAAUCUCUACCACACUGUUAACACACAGGGGCUAGGCAGAGUGUUGGUUGUCUUUCACUUCUAUAUAAAUAUAAAAACACACAUCCAAUAUGUUGAUGUUUACACACGAAGUAGCAUGUCUUUGACCUGCUUUUACAGAAGUCAACCCUGAAUUAUAUUAAAUGAGUCCAGUCCUGAAACAAUAAGGACAGAUGAAUAUAGACCUACAUCCUGUCAAUCAUUGAUAGCCCUGGCAGGAAACUGUGGCUGGGUUUUUGCCAGCUAAAGAAGGAAGCAUAUUUCUGCAUUAUAAUUAAACUGAGAGAUGUGGAACAACUCGGAGCCGGCGGUCAGGUACGACUUUUGUCAUUUUUAACGUUUAAGUUAUAUUUGUAAAACUAAUCUGGGAAAUAGAUUUAAUUCUCUCUUUUAUUUCACAAGGAUUCUCAAAUAUGCGCAUUUUAUACGUAAGCGCUUUAGGUGGACUUAAAGUAGCAUCAACAAAAGGCCAUGUCUUUUAAGUCUUAGUUUGUUGUGGUCAGAGACUAACCUGGCCGGGGUCCCACAGUGAUGACCAUGCCCAUAUCUUUCAGGAAGCUGCGUGGACUGUAUGCUGCGUCACAGAACAGCAUUGGAAAAACCAAGGCGCUGUGAGGCGAAGUCAACAGACAGGAGCUGAAGGGGUCGAGAUACAGGGACCCCACCCUCUUGAAACACCACGAGAGAAUUUUCCAGGACUUCCUGUCUUGCUGCCUCUCUCUUCCCAUGACGUCCUUUGCUCACACGGCCCAUCCGCAGCUUGUGGCUCUCUGGCUGAGCUGCUUUGGCUGGACUCUCACUGCCAUGGCCCUUGGUCUCGAUCAGUGGAGGGUUUGGCUGGUGUCUGACAGGGACAUCAUCACCUCCGGCAUGGCUUGGGUCGGUCUGUGGAGGGCCUGCUUUCACAGCCACACCGUGGUGUCACCUGGCUCCGGGUUUACACACUGCAGGUCCAUCAGUCUCACUGAGGCCUUCACACCACCAGAGAUUGUGUCAGGACAAAUUCUUAUGGUCCUCUCCUUUGUUGUGGGGCUCUUGGGUAAUGCGGGAGGUAUUUAUGCCCUAAGGAACACCUACUUUGGGUUGGAAGCAAACACACCGGUCCGCUUGUCUUUCUGUGCUGCAGGAGCUUUAUGUUUGUUGGCAGCAGCGAUAUCUCUCAUACCUCUGAUGUGGAAUCUGAGCUCAGUGGUGACCAACCAGACCAUUGCGUUCCCACCUGAGUUCCAACUGCCCGCAGCGCCUCAGUCGCAGUACGUUGGGUACAGCAUCAGCCUCGGGGUCGUGGGGACUGUCCUGAUGUUCGCCUCUGGGAUUAUUUUCUGCAGAUACAAGUUACCACAGAGACAAGCACCUUCAGUCACAUCAUCGCCUGAACAUGAUGGGGCCGACAGUGGGGGGGGCAGAGAAAAUACAGCAUUUGAGUUUAAUGAACACUUUUGAACAGUUUGCUUGUGGAAAAUACAACAUAGACUUCAGCCUGAUGUUUCUUGUACUCUCUUGAGUUUCAGGUAACCCUGAAGUACCUGUGCCCUACAAUAAUUAAAAAUCCUAACUGCCCCUGCAGUGGUAACACUCCCACGUAGCAGGUGCAGCUGCAGUUACUGAUCUACUUCACUGACAGGCAGAAGGAAUGACUCACGCUGUGGACAAUAGUAAAGUCUUCAGGACUCAGGAGACAGAAAACAGAAAAAACUUUGGUUUGAACAGAUUUUGUUAAAACUUUUUCAGGUAUCAUUAAAGAUGAUUCAUUAUAUUAACAAAGUUUGGUCAAGCUGGAGAGCAUUUGUAACAGAAAUGUACAUAGAUUUUUACAAUAUGAAAUGAUUUGAUGGUAUUUUCUCUUUUUGUGUUGUUGAAUUUUUAAAAUCUCUCUUUUAAAGUCUCUCUUUCUCGCUUUCUCUCUCUUUCUUUCAAUCAUCUAAAUCGAGUCGUCACUCCCA